AUGUAUUCUUUUCGCGAGUACAUUGACCUUCCAUACGCUCAGACCCCUUCGCGGGAUCUAUACCAUGAAUUCGACCUGUUUGCCCCCUCUGUACAAGGAGAGACGGCUCUGUUGCCACUGAUUUGCUUUGUGCACGGGGGUGCUUGGAGAAGUGAAGAUAAGUCGUACCAUCGCAGUCUCGCUCGGAAGCUGGUCAACAGUACAGGAUACCCUGUGGCCCUCCCAAACUACAGGUUGACGCCGAAGUCGCCCACGGCGGAUGAUUAUCUACACCAUCCUACACACGCCGAAGAUAUCCUCCAAUUCCUGAAGUAUAUCCUAUCCUGGGGUGGCCCUGAGUCCCGGGCGCUUUACGAUCCGUCCAUGAUAUAUCUGCUGGGCCACAGCUGUGGAGCCCACAUGGUUACCUCGAUCCUCCUCGACUCUUCCCACGUUACUCCUUCCCUGACCCCUCCGCCGAAUGUACUCAAGGCCGUUCAAGGGGUUGUCCUAUCUGAGGGUAUUUACGACCUCCAAGAGUUGCUGAAGAGCUUCCCUGGAUACCGAGACUGGUUUAUCGAGAAUGCCUUCGGCAAGCGGGACGACUUCAGUCUUUUCUCCACCACGUCUCUCGAUGCCCGGGAACAUGCCAUGCAUAUUGAGUGGCUCGUGAUCCACUCCAAGGGCGACACUCUCGUCGACGAGGUGCAGAGCCGUCUUAUGUACACGCAUCUCCGUUCAUUAUACCGCCGGCGGGAUAGACUCGCGGACAACUAUAUUAAAAUGAGCUUCGACGAUUUAGACGAAGAACACAACGAUCUCCUGCGGGGCGACAAGUUUGUGCAGAUCGUCACAGACUUCAUACGAGGACAGCAGUCGACCAAUUAA